ACACACCCCCUGGAUCCAGUGACGCCAUCCGAGCGCCGGCUGGGGAGAGAAAACCGGCUGCUGCCGGCCAGGACAGUGACAGAUCGGGAGCCGGGCCGGGACAACCGUACCACCCCUGCCUGGAGGAGGAUGCUGGUCUGACCCGGAGAGACCGGCUGGAAGGGACAUGGCUCAGAGCAAGGACACCCUGCUGCACCUGCUGGCUGGAGGGUGUGCUGGUACGGUGGGAGCCAUUGUGACAUGCCCCCUGGAAGUGAUCAAGACACGGUUGCAGUCCUCCGGAAUUGCUCUUCAUUCGGUUUACUACCCCCAGGUACAGCUGGGAACCAUCACUGGAGGUGGAGUUGUCAGACCUGCUGCUUCUGUAUCGCCAAGUGCUCUUCAGGUUCUCAAAUCAAUUCUUGAAAAGGAGGGACCAAAAUCUCUUUUCAGAGGGCUGGGUCCUAACUUAAUUGGAGUGGCACCUUCCAGGGCUAUCUACUUCGCAUCGUAUUCCAAAGCCAAGGAGCAGUUCAAUGCCAUCUUUGUUCCGAACAGUAAUGUGGUGCACAUGUGUGCUGCCGGCUCUGCAGCAUUUGUGACAAAUACCAUGAUGAACCCAAUAUGGAUGGUGAAAACCCGAAUGCAGCUUGAAAAAAGGGUCAGAGAUUCAAAGCAAAUGAAUGCUGUUCAGUGCGCACGUUACGUGUACCAGACUGAAGGAGUGCGUGGUUUUUACAGAGGUCUUACCGCCUCCUACGCUGGGAUAUCUGAGACCAUCAUAUGCUUUGUAAUAUAUGAAGGUUUAAAGAAACACCUGCAUGAGAUCCAUUUGACAACGUCUAAAGUUGCAUCAGGAGAGAAAAAAUAUGCCAACUUCCUGGGUUUAAUGUUCGCUGCUGCGUUUUCCAAAGGCUGCGCAUCCUGUAUUGCUUAUCCACAUGAGGUCAUCCGAACCCGUUUGCGAGAAGAAGGCACUAAAUACAAGACAUUUUGUCAGACUGCACGUUUGGUAGCACGAGAAGAAGGUUACUCGGCUUUUUAUAGAGGACUCUUGGCUCAACUCAUUCGACAGAUUCCCAACACUGCCAUUGUGCUAUCUACGUAUGAACUCCUAGUCUAUCUGCUUCGUGACAUGCCCAAGUAACUGGCCAGGAACACUCGAAGGACAAUGACCAAAUUGCAGACUUGGAGAAGGCCAUAGCCUGUAAAUAAGGCUUUCUCACCUAGCUGACAUCGUUGGCCUUUUGGAUCUUCUUUCUGGAAGGAUUAAAUUAUCAUUAACGUUCGUAGUUAAUUUGUAUAUUUUGUUACUUUGAAGUUGCAGAUUCAUGAUUCUCGCUGGAGCUGCUGUUUAAUGAAAUCAUUUAUAUUUAAUGUUCACCUGCCUGAGUUGGUAGGGUGUCCCACCCAGGUUUUAUCUAAUUUAUAUCUAUAAAGAGUGUGAAACAUUCACCUCAAA